AUGCGCUACCAUGGCGUCGGCGCCUUCGACCCCAUCCUGACCCUGAACCCCUGGACGGGCGAGCAGAGCGCCCUGACGGUGCACUCCCUGGUGAGGUUCUUCCAGCGCCACAACAUCGCCCGGGACCUGUCGCGACAUAUUGUCCCGUCGGUGUGGGGUCCCUUCUGCGACGACGGAAACCCGGAGAUGGACUUUGACGCGGAGUUACGACUGGCCCAGCGACUGGAACGCGGGCUACUCGUUCUAUUUCACAUGGCGGAUAUUGCCCGCGACACCGAGCGACUCAAGCCGCGCCGGAAACCCAUGACUCCGGUCGUCAGCGGGCGGCUGUUUGUUCUGGGCAAGAUGUUGGACGAGUACGACGACCUGCCGCAACAUCGAAAGCAGCUGAUGUCGUUUGAAGACUACACCAAUCACGUGUACACGGUGUUGAAAUGGGGGUACGUGGAGGCGGACAUUGGCAGGCGACGGCUGGAGUUCCGAGGAUGGCUGGACGAGCAGACGGAGAUCGACUUCCACGCCUCACUGCGGAUGCUGCGGGAGCUGAUGGAGCGGAUGCUCCUGCGACACGGGCCCAAGGACUGGCACCGGGACGCCAAGAACGAAUACAGCGUCAUCUCAUGGUUUCUGCUGAAGCAGCCGCCGCGGUCGCUGGCCAAACUGUUCCUGAGUCCUCAGAACGAGUGCUGCGACCUGGAUGUGAAAGCUACUGAUUGCGGUGUUAGGAAAUGCCGUUUCUCAGACCCGCUGGACAACUACUGGAAGGCGUGGAAGAACGUCCCCGACCUGGGCUGCCAGGACUGCGACUGCAAGCGGCGCGUCAGGAGCUGGAGCGUGAAGCCUGCACUGAUUGAUGCCCGAGGGCGAGAGUUUAAUCGAGCGGCGGAGCGAUACCUGCGCGAGAUCGACGUCCUCUCCACCCUGCAAACCACCCGCCCCCUCUUCUCCUCAUACCUCCGGAUCCGCUCGCUGGCCAAAACGCCCAACAACCCCGAACUGCAACAAGCGCGCUCGGAGCUCGAAACGACGCUAACCGACCUAACCGCCGACCUCGACGACCUCGUGGAAAGCGUGCGCGCCAUCGAACAAGAUCCGUACCGAUUUGGUCUCGAGCUCGAGGAGGUGCAGCGUCGACGCAGUCUCGUCAACGAUGUCGGGGCGGAGGUCGAGAAGAUGCGGUUGGAGCUGUUGAGGGCGGUGAACAAUUCUACCACGAAUACUAAUACUAAUGGUCAUGGUAAUGGGGGUUUGCCGAAUCCGGCGGAUUUCGACGAUGAUCAUGAUGGGUUGUUGUCGCCGGAUGCUGGAGGGGAUUAUUAUGCGGCGAUGGAGCAGCAGAGACAGAUGGAGUUGAUGCACGAGCAGGACGAGCAGCUGGAUGGGGUGUUUCGCACGGUGGGGAAUCUACGACAGCAGGCAGAUGAUAUGGGGAGGGAGUUGGAGGAGCAGGCCGUUAUUAUUGAUGAGGUGGAUACACUUGCGGAGCGGGUUGGGGGGAAGUUGCAGAGUGGGAUGUCCAAGUUGAAGUAUAUUAUUCGGAAGAAUGAGGAUACAAUGUCGUCGUUUUGCAUCGCCGUCCUGAUAUUCGUUUUGGUGCUCCUCCUCAUCCUGCUCAUUGUUCUUUAA